CAAACUUCAAAAGGUUGCGCGUUGCCAUGGCUGCUGUCACUCCCGGGAUUACCAUGGCAACGGGGUGGAACCGGACGGGGGCGCUGGGGCGAGCCUGUUGGGGAAGUGGGGCGGCUUGCUUGCUUGCAAACCGCGGGGUGACCCGGCGGGCCUUUGCUUCGGGAGCCGCGGCCAUGGCGGCCCUUAAGGUUGGAGACAAGCUGCCCAACGUGGAGGUUUACGAAGGAGACCCAUCCAACAAAGUGAACAUCUCCAGCCUCUUCAAGGGGAAAAAGGGGAUUCUUUUUGGGGUGCCCGGUGCCUUCACCCCUGGUUGUUCCAAAACACAUCUACCUGGGUACGUGGAGAAAGCAGGACAGCUGAAGGGGAAAGGAGUGGAGAUCAUUGCUUGCUUGGCCGUUAACGAUAUCUUUGUGAUGAACGAAUGGGCAAAGGCUCACCAAGCUGAAGGAAAGGCCACAAACCUUCUCCUUGACAAGGACUCUCUCCGGCAAUUGUUUGGGACAAACCGAUCCAAAAGGUUCUCCAUGGUGGUGGAGGACAGCAUCGUGAAGUCCCUCAACGUAGAAGAGGACGGGACGGGGCUGACCUGCAGCCUGGCCAGCAACAUCGUCUCCCAGCUGUGAGGCCCAGAGGCCCAUGGCUGAUCUGGAGCCCGUCCUACACCACCAGACGGAUGGUCCUUGAGGUGUUUUGAAAUUGGCUCAGGAUGGCGCCCAGGAGAUGGGAGCUGUGUGUGUGUUUACCUGAUGACGGAGUCCUUGAUUGCUUUCUGAGCUUGGUUUCCUUGCAGACGUUUAACGACCCAACUAGGUAACAUCAUCAGUGCUGGAAGGAGUGUGGGGUUUGCUCUCCGUUUAUAUACUUGUGGCUUGUCUUGUGUUAUUUUCUCCUUGAUUAGAUUGUUUAUUUGAUUGUCGGAGUUGAUCGUGGCAAGCUCCUUUAUAUAAAAAGAGCAAAGCCCACACUCCCUCGUAGCCCUGAUGAUGUUACCUAGUGUGGUUAUGAAGAGUCUGCAAGAAAACCCACCAAGCUUAGAGAGCACCAAGGACUCCGCAGUUUAACCCUGAGCUGGAAAUAGUCUCCUUCUGUUGGCUUACGUAAUUCCUUUAGCUUCUUCUUUGUUCCUCUUGAUAGCAAAUAAAUCAUCUGGCAAAAAAAA